CUUUCACCUUCAUUUUCAAACUUCAUCGCACCAAUUCUUUACUUGACAACUUCACACAAUCCGUACACUGAUGGGUUUUACUUGACACUCCCCGAAUUUCUUUAUGAAGAAACCCAAAUUUCCCUUCCAACCUUUUUUUUUCAACCUCUUACUUUUACAUGCUUGUCACUAACCAAGCAAAUCCUGAUCUUUGAAAGGACUUUAUUCCUACGUACUUUAUUUUCCAACUUCUCUCCAACUACCAUUGAUCCGAACUUCUUUUCUACCUUACCUCUAAACUUUUCCUCUGACUACCCUAUCUCGUUCUCUCUCUCUCUUUUUAAAUUUACUUCCAACUUUACCGCCACUAUCCAAUCCACAACCCAAACUUACUUUCCACUUCCUGUGUCAAAUUUCUGUAUAUGAAAUUCGCAUUUGAAGUAUCAAAUUGUUCGAGACCCAAAUAUCGAACAUCAUAAAUUCCCACUUACUAGAACACGACCUUGAUUCAUUACCUUCUCACUCUACCUUAACCUUUUACCGUAACCUCUUUACUAUGGCCGCUCCCGAUCCCGCCCAGUCGUUAGCUUUGGCGACGACUACUAACAAAACCACCCGCCUCUCUCCUCCACCCCAGUCGAAGCGCGAUAAGAAGCGACAGAACUUAAAUGAUCGUUUAGCGGUUCUGCAAGACAAAUUCGGUCGCGACAAGGAUAAACAUUAUAGGGAUGAGCUCCAUAAGGUCCAGAUCGAUGUCAACCUCGUCGGCCGAGUCGACCCUUAUGCCGACCGUCCUCUAGACGUGAUCGAUCGCGAGUAUAGAGACAUUCAACAAUCCGCAAAUGCGCAACUGAAUGCGAGCGCCAGCAGCAAUGGGAGUCCUAAGCGGAGCCUCCUUGAGAUGGCAGGCCCUACAUUCUCCGAAUGGGUUCAUCAGGUAGAGGACCUAGUUGAGCAUCGCGACUACGAGAUGACCUGUCAGAAGCUGGAGUAUGAGAGGAAGACUAGUGAAUACGAGAAGGUUCGCGCUUAUAAGCUCGAACUAGCCAAGCGAGAGCACAAUACCCUAUCGAGCACUCUCCGAGAUCGCCUUAUUAAUGCUAUUUCGGCGAAGAAGUUCCGAUUGGGCAAAGAGAAAGAAGCCUUGGACAUCUCUGACAGCUCGGCGCUUUUACUACACCCCAACCAAUUCAGCCUUACCAACCCCGCGAGCCCUGGCGGAACGCACGGCAAGCGGAACACCCGACUACGAAGAGAGAUGGAGGAAAUGCCAGGCUUCUCCGAGAACAAGAAGAGAAAGAGGAACGGAGCAGAUGACGAAGGAUCACCUGCCCCCAAGAGAGGAGCUCUAGACAGCUCUAAUACCACGCCUUUCUGGUCGAGCGAGAGACUCCGAAGCGGCGCCUUACGCAAGGAGGCAGGCCCCAUCUACAGCGUCGACAAGCUCUUUACCGAUAAAGAGCUGGUCAUGACCUACAACGUCUCUGCACUAGCGGCUCACAAGCAUCUCUUGGUCCGCCGUGACACAAACGGCAACAUCAUCACUCCCGAUGAGAAUAGCUCUGGUAAUGGGGAUGUCAAUGACGAGGAGGACCCAACUGCGGUCACUAUGGAACGACAACCGUCGCAUACUACACGAAGCACUCGAGGCGGCCACGGCCAGCAAAACUUCCAUGAUGACCAGCUAGUCGGAAUAGAGGCUUUGGUAAAUUUCGAGAUCCCGGGUAAUCUCGACAAGAUGGUUACAUUAGAACCUAAGCUACCCCCGAUGACCCAGGCUCAAUACUCCAAGGCAUACAGACGUGAUGAGUCUAACACACCUCAGAGUCUGUGUGACGCGGAUCGAGACAGGGACUUGACAGCGAUGAAAUUGCUUCGAGCGUAUCAGAACAAGCAUGGUGUGGGUUCUAACCUCAACGCUAACAGCGGAGGUCGCCGAUUGCUUGAAGCUAUGACGGCUCCGUUACCCAGUUCGAAGUAUUUCGCUUAUCUUCAGGGACAACGAGCUUCCGCUGAGGAGUUGUCGGAAUCUUUAGGCAUACAAGAGAGUGAUUUGAGAGGCAACGGCCCAGGCACCGGGUCGGACGCCGCGGGAAACACGGCAGGAGCCAAGGAUCCUGCCACGGAUAUACCGAUGAGUAGACAGAGCAGCCUCGGCGGUGUUACGAUGAGUCGUUCGGGAAGCGCUCGUGGUAAACGAAAGGCAUGAUCUGGACAUUAUCUGGUGUUUAGGGGUGGUUUAAGGGAUGCAUUCUAAAGCGAAGGAUGGUGCAAGUGCCACAAAACAAAGUGGCCGGACGCAUCAAUUUUGCGCGAGGUAUUUGGUUUAUUUGAUUUUUUUAUGGAUGUGCUCAUAGCACUUAGCGGAUUUUGACAUGGUAUAAUGCCGUACUAGCAAGCGUUGGGGGUCAUCGAUUUUGCAUUUUAUGGUCGCUCAGAUAUCCAGGACAGUGGUAUCGACAGGUAUAUCAAACAAUGAUACAAUUACUAAA